AUGAAAUAUUUAAUAACUGUUCUGGUCCUCUGCUUAAUUGGCUAUGUUAACUCAUCUUUAUCCGUUCAAGAAGUUAUUGAUACAAUGUUAUCAAAUAUAAAGAAUAAAGUAGAAGUCAUUGAAAAUAAUCCAGCACUAUUUGGUCGUAUUUAUCGAUAUUUUCAAGAAAAAUAUCCUCGUCAGGAUUCAAAUAGAAUGAUCGAUUUUAACAAUUCCAAACGUAUGGAAAUAUUUACAUCAAAUUUAAAAUAUGUUAUUCGGCAUAAUGAAGAUCCUGCAGCAACAUUUAAAUUAAAAAUAAAUGAAUUUAGUGAUUGGAUUGAUGAAGAAAGGGAUGGAUUACGUUCAAAACUAAAUAUUGAUCCAAUUAAUAAUAAACAACCAGCGGAAUCACACCAACAUCAUUGUGGUUCAUGUUAUGCUUUUGGUAUGGUUGGAGCUUUAGAAAAAACAUAUGCAGAAAUUUAUAAAGAAUCUGGUCCAUUAAGUCCACAACAAUUAAUUGAUUGUUCAGGUCAAGGUGGUUGUGACGGAGUAGGUUUUCUUGGAUCAUUUUAUUAUAUUCAAAGAAACCAUGACAGGCUUCAUUUAGAAAAAGAUUAUCCAUCAACACCAGAUGGAAAAGCAAACAAUAAAUGUCAAAAUUCUACUGGAGUACGUCUUUCAUAUAAUUCAACUUAUACACUUAAAUAUGAGCAAAUGCCAUUUGGAAAUGAAGAAUAUAUGAAAAAAAUUGUUUAUGAACGAGAUCCAGUUUAUAUUUCUUUCAAUUGUGGAGAACGUACAGGUAAUGAUACUAUUCUACGAGAAGUAUCGAAUAAAUUUGAUCAUUAUGCGGCUGGUAUUUUUGAUGUACCUGGAUGUCCAGCACGUAGAAAUUUAAAUCAUGCGCUUGUUGUUGUUGGUUAUGGUACUGAAAAUGGCACUGAUUAUUGGAAAGUUAAAAAUUCAUGGGGAGCAGAUAGGGGUGAUCAUGGUUAUAUCAAAAUUAAACGAAAUGAGAACAUGUGUGGAAUUGCUACUUCGACUUAUUAUGUUGGAUUAUGUUGA